UGUCUCAAAACAAAACAAAAACAAAACGAAACAUUCUACCAGUUUACUCCUAUUUUUGGUCUAAUCAAAUCCGUGAUUUCGCACAUGGCUGUUGCACAGCUCGUGCUCGGUCACGCGAAGUGUCUGUCCUUCAUCCCGGCAGAGCCGGGCCCCGGAGCCACAUGGCGUCCAAGCCCAGGGAGCAGGUGACCGUCCUCAGCUUGCGCAAGCUGAGCCCCGCGGGCCUGGAGCCACAGAGGCAGAAAGAGCGCAAGACCUUCACGGUGGAGGAUGCGGUGGAGACCAUCGGCUUCGGGCGCUUCCACAUCGCCCUGUUCCUGAUCAUGGGCAGCACGGGCGUUGUCGAGGCCAUGGAGAUCAUGUUGAUCGCGGUGGUGUCUCCUGUCAUCCGCUGCGAAUGGCACCUGGAGAACUGGCAAGUGGCGCUGGUGACCACAAUGGUGUUUUUCGGCUACAUGGUAUCCAGCGUCCUCUUUGGGCUCCUGGCUGACAGAUAUGGCCGCUGGAAGAUUUUGCUCCUGUCCUUCCUGUGGGGCGCCUACUUCUCCUUGCUGACUUCAUUUGCACCCACAUACAUCUGGUUUGUCUUUCUGCGGACCAUGGUGGGCUGUGGUGUGUCCGGCCAUGCACAAGGGCUAAUUAUAAAGACUGAAUUUCUGCCCACAAAAUAUCGAGGCUACAUGCUCCCCCUGUCUCAGGUUUUCUGGCUCGCCGGUUCGCUGCUCAUCAUCGGCCUGGCCUCCGUAGUCAUCCCCAGCAUCGGCUGGCGCUGGCUCAUCCGCAUUGCCUCCCUCCCGGGCAUCAUCCUCAUCCUGGCCUUCAAGUUUAUUCCUGAGUCGGCGCGGUUCAACGUCUCCACUGGGAACGUCCGGGCCGCCCUGACCACCCUGCAGCGUAUUGCCAAGAUAAACCGCUCCGCCCUGCCGGAGGGGCAGCUGGUGGAGCCCGUGAUGGAAAAAAGGGGAAGAUUUGCAGACCUAUUGGAUGCUAAAUAUUUACGGACUACAUUACAGAUCUGGGUUAUAUGGUUAGGAAUCUCUUUUGCCUAUUACGGGGUUAUCCUGGCGAGUGCCGAGCUGCUGGAGCGGGAUCUGGUGUGCGGGGCCAAGUCGGAGUCACAGGCAGCGGUACCCACAGAGGACUCGGAGGGGAGCCAGAGCCCUUGCUACUGCCACCAGUUCGCCCCCUCUGACUACCGGACCAUGAUCAUCAGCACCAUUGGGGAGAUUGCUCUGAACCCUUUAAACAUCCUGGGCAUCAAUUUCCUUGGAAGACGGCUGAGCCUUUCUAUCACCAUGGGAUGCACAGCUUUAUUUUUCCUUCUCCUCAAUAUCUGUACUUCCAGCGCUGGCCUCAUCGGCUUCCUCUUCAUGCUGAGAGCGCUGGUGGCCGCCAACUUCAACACCAUCUACAUUUACACGGCAGAGGUCUACCCCACCACGAUGCGUGCCCUGGGGAUGGGGACCAGCGGCUCCCUGUGCCGCAUUGGGGCCAUGGUGGCGCCAUUCAUAUCCCAGGUUCUUAUGAGUGCAUCAAUCUUGGGAGCCCUGUGUCUUUUCUCUUCCGUGUGUGUUGUGUGUGCCAUUUCUGCAUUUACUCUUCCCAUCGAGACCAAAGGACGGGCUCUACAGCAAAUUAAAUGAAGACCUAAAAGCUGGAUCUAUCAGAGGAGAAAAAUGAAUUUCAUCUUCAUAGAGCAAUUAUUAA